AUGGGUUUAUUUGGUAAAAGUCCAGAACGAAAUCCAAAAGAAAUGGUAAACGAGUGGUCACACAAACUUCGUAAAGAAGGAUAUAAUCUGGAUAGGCAAAUACGAGCCAUUCAAAGGGAAGAAGAAAAGAUAAAACGCUCAUUGAAAGAAGCAGCAGGUAAAAAUGAUAAGCAAGUAUGUACAAUACUGGCAAAGGAAAUUAUAAGAUCAAGAAGAGCUGUGAGUAAAAUGUACACAAGUAAGGCACAUCUAAACUCUGUGCAAAUGCAAAUGAAAAAUCAAUUAGCUACAUUAAGGGUAGCAGGUUCGUUGCAGAAAUCAACCGAGGUGAUGCAAGCAAUGCAAGCUCUAGUGAAAUUACCUGAAGUUGCACACACAAUGCAAGAGUUGAGCAAAGAGAUGAUGCGUGCAGGGAUCAUUGAGGAGAUGUUAGACGAAACUAUGUCGGCUGUUGAUGAUGAAGAGGAAAUGGAGGAGGCGGCGCAGAGUGAAGUUGAUAAGGUUCUGUGGGAACUAACACAGGGCAAAUUAGGCGAAGCUCCGGCUCCUCCCAGUGCGGUUGGAGUUCCUUCAACAAGCGUCGAGCCAGAAGCGGUGCCCGAUGAGAACGAACUCGAUGAAAUGCAGUCCCGACUUGAAGCUCUGCGCUCUUAG